CGGCGAACGCUAACGGUUACGGAGUUUAAACUCAAGCCGUGGCCGCGAACGCCGGGCUCCGGGAGCUGGGUGUUGGUUCCCCCACCGUGAAAAAGCGUGAUGGAGUACCCAGCAAUGGAAACUAGUUCACUUUUUACCUCAGGAAUUAAGAAACAUGUGAAAGAUGGAAGAAUUUCAAAGACUACUAAGUUGAAUGUUUCUCUUGCUUCAAAAAUAAAAACAAAAAUAAUAAACAAUUCUUCUAUUUUCAAACUUUCUUUAAAGCAUAACAACAGGGCAUUAGCUCAGGCUCUUAGUAGAGAGAGAGAGAAUUCUCGAAGAAUUACAACUGAAAAGAUGCUGUUGCAAAAAGAAGUGGAUAAACUGAAUUUUGAGAACACAUUUCUUCGUCUAAAGCUAAAUAAUUUGAAUAAGAAGCUUAUAGAAAUAGAAGCACUCAUGAACAAUAACUUGAUAACUGCAAUUGAAAUGAGCACUCUUUCUGAGUUCCAUCAGAGUCCCUUUCUACCGCCAAGUAGCAAGAAGAAACGGGUUAGUAAACAGUGCAAAUUGACACGUCUUCCAUUUGCAAGGGUUCCAGUAACUUCAGAUGAUGAUGAUGAAGAAAAAGAGAAAAUACAGUGUGAUGACAGCACCAUAUCAAAGACAUCAUCUGAUAGUCCCUCUUUGGUAUCAGCAAGACCAGUAUCAACUCAGAAUACUUUGAGAUCGCUAUUCAUUAAAGAAAAUGAUCAGAAUGUUUGUAGUGUAAAUGAUUCAGAACAUAUUUCUUCUAUUGUUGAUAUACUUCCCAAAGAAAACCAUUCCCACUCAGACCAAAGUUCUAGGAGCUCUCUAACAAGUGAGAAGAAAAAUGCCCAGGCGAUCAGCCACAAAAAAGAGAAGUCAUCUCCUAGUAAUGUGACUAAAAGGAAAAAACGUGUUUCAUCUUGGGAGUCAGAUAAUCCUGCAGACACUCCCUGUGUAACAGAUUUAGAUCAACAACAGGUUUCAAGUCCAGUAUUAAAUUGGAAUAAUGAGAUAAAAGAUUACACUAAUGAAACAAAUACUACAAUGCAGAGAAACAUAUUGUACCUUCCUGCCUCAUCUGAAUCUGCAAGUGAACCUCUUACAAAAGGCAUGAAUCCACUUCAGGGUAAUGAUGACUCUCAGUUGCAGAAAACUGUGUAUGAUGAUGACAUGGAUUUAACUGCUAGUGAAGUCAGCAAAAUUGUUACAGUUUCAACAGGCACUAAAAAGAAAAGAAAGAAAAAUCCAGAUGAUUGUGGAAUGAAAACUUUCAGAAAAGUGAAAGAUCCAAGCUCUGAAAAAAAGAGAGAAAGAUCAAAGAGACAACGUAAAAAUAGUUCAGGUGCGAAUAUUGAGGAAAAAAUUGAAAGUGGACCAGAAAGAAGAUCUGUUGACCUGGAUGGUGAAGGGGAUUCAAGAGAUCCAAAUUUUAUCUUCAGUAAUGAACAGAUGACUCAGUUGAACAUGCUGAAGAAAAUAACCCUUCCUAAUGGCUUUGAUCAGGGUGACAAACAAAGUAUGCAGUGUAACAAAAAGAAGAAAAGAAUUCAUGUAACAGAGGAGCAAGAGGAAACAUACUCUUUCUCCCAAAGUUCAGAUAAAUUCCCACAGGAUGGUAAAUUUGAUUUGGGUCCAAGUUCUCUAGCUUGUAAGAAUAGUAAAGCUUCUAGACAGACAUUUGUGAUUCAUAAGUUAGAAAAAGAUAACUUAUUCUCAAACCAAAAGGUUCAAGAAACCACCUCUGAAAACCUAGGUGUCACAAAUGAAUUUCAAACAGCUUAUCUUUCCAACAAAGGUAAUGCAAAGUUAUGUGAUGAUGAGACCCAAAAUAUGUUUGAUUUGAAAAAGCAUGUCACUGAUACACAACCCACUCAGCAAAAUGAAUCAAAAAUAAAUAAGAAGGUUUGGCAGAAAAUAAAUCGGAAAACAGAAAUAAUUUCUAAAAUGAACCAAAUACUUGGGGACGAUACUAAAGAUGUGCAAGGCCCAGAAAAAGGUAACUUUUCCUUCCAAACCCGAGAGGAUAAAGAAACCAUCUCUAGAAAUCUGGAUGUUUCAAAUGAGUUUCAGAAAUCUGUUCUUUCCACUGUCAGUAAUGGAAACCUGUGUGAUUGUAAAACCCAGAAUGUGUUGGGUUUGCAAAAGAAAAUCACCGACGCAUACCCUGUGCAGCAAAAUGAAUCAAGAAUUAAUAAGACUCUUAGGCAGAAAGUAAAUCGGAAGACAGAAAUAAUUUCCACAGUGAAUCAUUUAGAUAACACGAGUGAGUACUGCCCAGAAAAGGGUAAAGAAAUCAUCCCUGAAAACCUAGUGGACACACGUGAGUUUCAAACACCCACUCUUUCUUCCAAAGACGGUAGAGACCUAUAUGAUUGUGACACUCAGAAUGUUUUGGGGGUGAAAAUGUAUGUUCAUGAUAUACAACCUGCUUGUCAGAAUGAAUCAAAAAUAGAUAAGCCUAGGCAAAAGGUAUGUCGGAAGACAGAAAUCAUUUCUGAAGUCAACCAAAUAUAUAAGAGUGAUGACAAAGGCAGGCUUGACCCAGAAAAAGGUAACUUACUUUCUCUAAUCCAAAAAGAUAAGGAAACCAUCCCUGAAAACCUGGAAGACACCAAUGAGUUUCAGAUAGUUGACCCUCCCUCUGGAGUUAAUAGGAACCUAUGUGAUUAUGAGACUCAAAACCUUUUAGGGGUGAAAAAGCGUGUUACUGAUACUGGGAAGCAAAAGGAAUCAAAAAUAAAUAAGAGACUCAGGCAGAAAGUAAGUCGGAAGACAGAAAUAAUUUUGGAAAUGAACAGAAAAAAUGAGUUUAACAAUAAAGGUAUAUGUGACUCAGAAAAAGGUGACUUCUCCCUAACCCCAAAUAAUGAAGAAACCAUUUCUGAAAACCUAAAAGUCACACAUGAAUUUCAGACAGUUUAUCUUUCCACCAAAGAUGAUGGACAUUUACAUGAUUAUAAGACCCAGAAUAUGUUGGAUUUGACAAAGCAUGUCACUGAUAAGCAACCUACUCAGCAGAAUGAAUCAAAAAUAAAUAAGAACCUUAAGCAGAAGCAGAAAGUAAAUCGGAAGACAGAAAUAAUUUCUGAAAUGUGCCAGAUAUAUGAGGAUAAUGGUAAAGAUGUGCAUGGCCAAGAAAGCUAUACAAAAAAUCUUGAUUUUAAAAUAAAUAAACAAAGACCUGAAGGCCAAUCUGUUAUUAGUGGAUACUGUAUGGAAAUCAACAGUGAUGAGAAAGAAAAUUAUGAUGAAAUUUCAAAUCCUUAUAAACCAAUUAAAAAGCAUGGGAAAGAAUCAGACAAGGCAAAGAACAUUUUGGCAAAAAGUGACAACAUGCCUGUUUUGCAGUUGACAGGUCCUUCACAGAUGUCUGUCUUAGAACCAGGUUUAAAACAUAUUACUGAUGAGGCAGAUUCUGACCCUGGAGACCACGUGGAACCACAUAGGAGUCCGAGGCUAAGCACUAAAACUCUGAAUAGAAAGAGAGAGAUCCACGUUGCGGAGGUGACGAAGGAAGGAGAGUGCCAGGUCAAAAAAGUAAAUAAGAUGACAUCCAAAUCAAAGAAAAGGAAGACCUUCGAAGAUGCUUCUCUAGAUAGGCAUGAACUAAUGGAGGUGAUAUCCGACACCAUUCAGGAAAUGUCAGUUGAACCUGAGUACACUGUUAAGGGGAAAAAGUUGGAAAAUGUGGAAACUGUCAAAAUUAAACCAGACUUUUACACAAAAAUGUUGAUAUCUUUAUCUCAAAUGUAUUCACCUAGCAGACAGGAUUCUUCCCUUAACAGUGUUCUUGAGGGUUCAGUACCUUUGAGUAUUUCUUCUAAUAAAAAUCUGAAAGAAAAUUUUGCCCCAGAGAGCUCGCCCAUCUUUCAAGUAAGUGAUGAGGUACAUGAGAAGAUGAAAGACAUGAAAUUUGAAGUCAACCAGAGAACACAAAGAUCAGAAAUAGGUGUUAGAAUGCUACAAGACUUGACAAAUACCAGUUUUGUUUCAAAUACCGCUGCUAAAUUUGAAAACAAGGUAGAUCAUCUAUCUUCAGAGCUGCUAAGCCGAAGAAGAAGGUGUACUCCUAUCUGUUUAAAGGAGCCAAGUCUCAAAGGGAAGAUGAGAAGAUGAGGUGAAUUUAUACAUUCUGGUUUUCCUGAAUUCUCAAACCAUAGCAAUUCAAAACAGGGAUCUAACUAGGAUCAAGAAGAUGAAAAGCAUGAUGAAAAGUUCUGGGUUUUUUUUUUUUUUUUUCCAUCUCUUGCCUUUUUGUAGAGUGUUUAUUCUUAUGUAUAGGUAAUAUGCAUAAAAUAACUAUUUUGUAAUAUUAAGCACUUUAAGUUAUUUUGGUCACCUUAUAACUUAUCUUCCUCCUCAUAUAAUCUCCUUUCAACCAAACAACCUUUAACUAAACAAUAACUAUUAACCUUUUAACUGAAUAAAAUGUAUUAUAAAUACUUUGCACUGGUUAUCUUGUUAUACACCAAAACUACCUUGUUUUGUUUUAUUUUGCUUUAAAAACCAUUCAGUAAAUGUGAACACCUGUAAGAUUUUAAAACUCACCUUCUGCCCUGGCCAGUUUUCUCUCACCUUUCAUUCUUCAGCUUUCAAAAUUACUUGUUUACUGUCAGCUGCUGUAUUACUUCCAUUACACAUAAUCUGAUGACUUGGUUGAGUGGGUUUCUCUCUCAGGUGCUUUUGAAUUUGGUUUUUGUAACUUUAAAGAUCACUUAUUAUUCCAGUAUUAAAAAGUAGUAAAUCCUAUUCAUACCUGAGAUUAACAAACAUAGCUUACUGUAUUGAAAUGAUUAGUAAAAAUCUAUUCUGCCUAGAUGGAAAAGCUUUCUUAUAUCCAGCAACUAAAUAUCCAGCAACUAAACGAGUAGGCCCAAGAAAUCUGCAUUUUGUUUAACAAACACCUCAGAUAAUUCUGGGGCAGACUGGCCUAGGACCAAACUUUGAAAAACAGUUGUGAGACUACAGAGUCCCACAGAAGAACUUACUCAUUUACCAACAGUAUCUGUUGAAUGGAGGCUAGAUGUUUUAUUAAAGGAAUAAUUUACACUGCUUUAGGGUUUGGCACCCUGACAGUUUUUCCUUUCCUGUACUAUUAUUACUUAAGGCUUUGAAUCUCUGUCAUUAUCUGGUAUUUGGUUUCCUAGUGUUUCUAUUUUUUCCUCCUUUCCAUGAGGUUUGUCUUUUUUUUUUCGUUCCCAUGCAAAUUAUUUUUCAUUGUAUGUAUCAGACUUAAAAUCUUUUAUUGGAACUCAGUCACAUUAAAAAAGUUUUCCUGUUCCCAGAUUUAAGAAAGACAUUUACCCAUGGUUUCAUUUCGUUUUGACGUUUAAAUUUCUGAUUCAUGUGGAUUUUGUUUUAUGGUAAAAUAUGAACACAAUUUUUGACCUUUUCCCAAAGGAUUGCCCAUUAAUUAAAAAAUCCAUGUUUUCCACUACUGAUUUGAAGUGCCACAUUUUUCAAUGUUGUAUUUCCAUAUACACUUCAACUUAUUUCUCAAUUUUCUGUUCCCUCUACUAGUUUAUGUCUUUUUAUGCCCCUCUAUCGUUGUCUUUAUAGGGACUUUAAGGGAGUUUCAAAACUUCCCUCAUGGAGGUUUUCCAUAUUUCUUAAUGCCUUGGCAUUCUUUUUUCCUGGUAAUACAUAUAAAUGGAAUCUGUGAGUCUCUUUUCUAAUCGAUUAUCACUUGUAUAUAUGAAGAUUAUUGAUUUCUGUAUGUUAAUUGCUAACUGUUAUUGUUUAUACUAUUUUCCAGAUAUAUAUAUUCUGAAAACCAGGCUAUCUUUCCUCCUCCUUUCUCUCCAAUUCUUAGGCCUCUCACUGCUUUCUCUUAUGUAACUGCAUGGCUGCUACCUUAUAUUUAGUGUAAAAUAGCAGUGAGAAUGGUGGAUAUCAUUGUCUUGUUCCUGAUUUUCAUAGGAAUGCCUCUGGCUUUACCCCAUUAAGUAAGAUGCUAUGGAAUAAGCUGGUUGUGUAUGCUUAUAAUCACAUUAAAAUAUUACCUAUCAAUUACUAUUUUAUUCAGUGCUUUUUUAAUAAAUUAUGAAUGAGUGUCAGAUGA